AUGCCCGCAUUAAGAUUUAAAACUUGUCGUCUACUUUCAGGAAAUGUUCGGAACAGAGAACUUACAAUAAUACAACGCCGCAUUCUCCGAAGAUUGAGGAACAAUAAGAGAUCCAUUAAAAAAAAGAUUUAUACGAGAAAAAAUCGUAACAGUUACAUCCAAUCACAAACUACACGAAAGUUGCCCCUUUUUCAUGGGGAUUUACCCAUCACAGAGAUGCACAGAGGAACAGAACGAGCUUCAUAUAUCCCUUUUCCACUCAAUCCAGAAACAAGAUCGGACGUUAUUCCGGUUCGUCUCCAUUUUCGUGAAACUAUUCCUCAAGCAAGGCAGCUGAUAAGUCAUCGAAGGGUUUGUGUGAAUAAUGAAAUGGUAAAAAUUAAUCAUUUGAAACUUUCCCACGGUGAUAUAAUAUCUUUUCAAGAAAAUAACGCGAGAAUCCGCGGUGAAGAAAUAAGGAGAUCUUUCUAUAUCGAAAUCUCAGUUGAAAAAAUCAUAGACAAAUUCAAAUUAAAAAAAAAAAGAGGCAAAUUUCAAUUCAAAAUCAGAGGCAAAUUCCUUGAUCGCCAGGUAAGAAUGUGGAGAAGAAUCAAAUGUUUCCACCUAAUCAAAACUAAGAGGGGAUGCCGCUUACUACUAAAAAAAUCCCGGUUUUUGAAACAGUUGCGUUCUUAUAUGCAAGAAGAAGACUUGAAAAGAACAAAGAAGUUUGGAUCCGAAAAAGUAUGCUUAGCCAGUUCCUUCGCUGAGCACAACAGAAUGAAGAGGAAUUUGUAUUUUUUCAAAUCCCUAUUCUUAUGGAACGAGAAAAACCGAAAUCUUCCUACUCAAACAAGAAGUCCUAUAGUUUACAACUCUUUUUUAUAUAGAUAUAGUAAUUCGACCUAUUGCUCCGCAUUCCCCUAUCAGAAAAAGAAAACUAUGAAGAGAAGAAUCAAAAGGAUUGAACUACCUACUCAUUAUUCGGAGGUGAAUCAUAGAACACUAAAAGCUGUGGUCUCUUAUGGACCUAACAUAGGUCACAUCCCUCACGACAUAAGAUUGAAAGAUCCAAACCUUCCUCUUCGGAGCGGAAACGGGCGUGGCCAAAACAUAUAA